GUCCUGCUUUCAUCACAUUCCUUUGCCAACCUCCUUCAACUUCUCCAACCUCUCAAACCCACCAACAAUGAAGCUGCAGGUCACCCUGUUACUCAUCUGCCUGUUUUUUCCAGAAGCGCCAGGAUUGAAGUGUUAUGAGUGUACGUCAGGGCUGUCUGGAACCUGCACAAAAAAGGAGAGACACUGUCCAGAUCAGUGUGUCAGCGUGAACACCGCAACGUACUUUGCUGGUGUAAAGCAGGAGGUUGUUAGGAAGGGCUGUGCAGCAAAUGCAGGGCAGUGUAUAACAGGCAGUCUGAACCUGGGUGUUGUGAGGACGACCGUCAACUCCAGAUGCUGCAGUACUGACCUCUGCAACAGCCAGUCAGUCCCAGCUUUAACAAAAAAGUCUCUAAACGGGAGGAAGUGCUACACCUGUGUUGAUGACAUAUGUACAGGAAGUGUGAGCUGCGAAGGCGAUGAAGAUCACUGCAUCAGCGGCACAGCUGAUGCUGGUGGUGUGAGAAUGACGGUGAAAGGUUGUGCCAGUAGGAGUUACUGCGUUUCUCCUGCAUCGAGUAUUCUUGCAGAUGGUAUCUCCGGAGGUGUGAGCUGCUGUAACUCGGAUCUGUGUAACGGAGCUGAGGGGGUUAAUCUAAGCCUCCUCCUUCUACUGGGACCCCUACUCUCCUCCAUUCUCCUCCACUAAUCUCUACCUAAACAUUUUUUUUAUUUGCAUCUUCUUUUCUGUUAAAAUAAGACAUAUAAGAAUUAUGAUAAAAUACAUAUUAAAAAGGGUUUUACAUAUUUUAUAUUGUUAUUCAUUUAGCAUUCAGCUGCGUUUAGACACAUCGCACAUUAAUUAAUAAUUAUUAAGGAGUUAAGAAGGCUAUAUUACACUGUUCAGCCGAUACAGCCUGGAUACAAGAUGAGAUACAGUUGGAUAUGGAGGUAUACAGAUUCUGUAUGGAAUCCUGCGGCACAUUUUUUAUCUGCAGCUUUAGAUCAUACUCUGCACUCAUAGGUUGCUGAAGCUAUCGUCCCCUUGAUGUGUAUAGGUGAGCUUUGUCCUGCUAAAAAAAAUGCCAUUUGGAAGCCUGCCAAAAAAGGAGCACAUGUGGGACAAGGAAAAAAAAAUACUUACAUCGUUCUCAAGCAUUAAAAUGUAGUUAUUAAUGUUAAUGUUGUUAAAGUUAUUAAUGUCAAAUACUGUCAAUUAAUAAUUAGUUCCUUUCUUCAUAUGGUCUGGGACUGUCCAAUAAUUGAAAAGAUUGGAAAGA